AUGUCCGGCAGGGAAGCUUCCAGCAGCUCGCGGCGUCAGCCUUCGGACUAUCGCGAGGAUCGUCGAGGUUCCGGCCCCAGUGGGUCCUCUUCACGCUCCUCCAGUCGAGUUGCAUCUCGUUCUGCUUCUACUCAACGCAGCAGCAACAAAGAAUCCAAACAACCGGUCCGAAUCGGCCAGUACAUCCUACAACAAACCCUCGGUACAGGCUCCUUCGGCAAAGUCAAGCUCGCCACUCACGCUCUCACAGGUCACCGUGUCGCAAUGAAGAUCAUCAACCGACGCAAGAUCUCCAACCUCGACAUGGGUGGACGUGUCAAACGUGAGAUCCAAUACCUCAAGCUUCUCCGACAUCCCCAUAUUAUCAAGCUCUACGAAGUGAUCACCACCCCCAACGACAUCAUUAUGGUCAUCGAGUAUGCUGGUGGCGAGCUAUUCCAGUAUAUUGUGGAUAGAGGGAGGAUGCCGGAACCUGAAGCAAGGAGGUUUUUUCAACAGGUGAUUUGUGCGAUGGAGUACUGUCACAGGCAUAAGAUUGUUCAUCGUGAUCUCAAACCCGAGAAUCUGUUGUUGGAUGAGUAUCUGAAUGUUAAGAUUGGAGAUUUUGGGUUGUCGAACAUCAUGACGGAUGGUGACUUCCUCAAAACUAGUUGCGGUAGUCCGAACUAUGCAGCGCCAGAAGUGAUUUCGGGAAGGUUGUAUGCUGGACCGGAGAUCGAUAUUUGGUCGUGCGGUGUCAUCUUGUAUGUGAUGCUGUGCGGAAGGUUGCCUUUUGACGACGAGUACAUUCCGACGUUGUUCAAGAAGAUUAACAACGGGAUUUAUACCUUGCCGAGUUAUCUUUCGCAGGAGGCUAGGCAUCUUUUGUCUCAGAUGCUGAUCGUCGAUCCGGUCAAAAGGAUUACGAUUAGCGAGAUCAGGCAACAUCCUUGGUUUAACGUUGAUCUACCAGCUUACCUUAGGCCACUCCCUCCUACGCCAGCAGCGGAGAACCGAGGUUUUGAUUUCGGCAUGACGGCAAGUCCGGCCGAUACCGGGUCGCCGAAUGAUGCUACCUCUCCUCCUUCGACUGCGACGGGGUCGGCGGGAAAUAAUGGGGCUAGUUUGCAGACGAGUGCGAGUGCGAGUGCGGGUCAGCCAUUACCAGUGGGGGAUUUGGAUGCGAUUGAGGAUGAAAUUGUGGAAGAGUUGGUAGGAAAGAUGGUAGGGUUCAAUAAAGAGGAAAUGUUGCAGCAGUUGGCGGAGAAGGGGGAUAACCAGGUGAAGGUGGCUUAUCAGUUGGUGAGGGAUCAUAGGAGGAUGUUGCAGAUCCAUCAUAUGGAGGAUGCACAUGGGAUGGAGACGUUCCUCGCGCAAAGUCCACCUGCUUGGAAUGAAGGAUUGGAGGGCUUUAUGGGUCGAUCUACUAGUAUUAAGAGGAAGAACAGGGAUGCAGGGGCGGGGCAAGCGACUGCGGGGGUGGCGCAUAAGGAAGUUGCUCCAACGCUACCCUCUGCAACAGCGCAGAUGGGAGGGGGAGUAGGGGGAGGGGAGGAAGAACCGGAUUCGUUUUUGGUCGAUACAGCUGAUGCCGAUCCGUCGGAUGAUGGGAAUGAGACUUUGGCAAGUGAUGAUGAUGAUGUUUUGACGGAUGAAGAUGGGCAUUCGACCGAUGUGGAAGAUCCGUAUGGGGAGAGGAUUGUCAGGAUUGCUGUGUUGGAGACGUCUCUUCCAGGGUAUCUGCGAGCGAGGGAGGCGGAGCGAUUGGCAACACCAUCCGCUGAGAAAACCUCCUGGCCUUCAUGCACACCUCUUUCUCCUGUUUCGGGGAAUGUAACGCCUUCUCUGCCUGGAGCAGCGGCAGCGACGGCGGCACAGAUUCACAAGAAACCUAGAUCAAGAUGGCAUUUCGGUAUCCGCUCUCGUAGUCCGCCGAUGGAAAUUAUGCUGGAGCUGUAUAGGACGCUGCAAUCCCUCGGCAUGGAGUGGAGAGCUAAGCCUGCCCCCGCUGCUAAGAACGCAAAAGGAGCGAAGGGGGAGGGAAAUGAAGAAGGUGCGGGUGGAGCGGAGAAGCGGGAAGGGAACAACGGUAGCGGUAGUGCAGCAACCAAAGGAGAAGAGCUGUUCUUCCUGGAAACGAGGUGGAAAGUCGGACAUGUGCUAGUCAGGAUGGAUCUGCAACUGUAUCAUGUCGAUGCAACCAACUAUCUCGUUGACUUUAGGAAUGUUGGAUAUACGAAACUCGACAAUUGCUCCCUCCUCGACGGCGAUCCUUCUCAAGGUGAUGAAGAGAGGAACGAGGUGGAGAAGCUGGAAGCAGCAUUCGAUAAAGCUAUGACGGAAACUCAACAGUCUAUGAGGGAUGGCGAACAGCAGCAUAGGUUUGAUGGGACAAGAAUUAAACCCAGCUUGGCUCCAGCGGUACCGGCAGGGAGGAAAGAGGUCAAUAGUCCGUUUUUAUUCUUGGAAUGCGCGACAAGGUUGAUUGUCGAGUUAGCGGGAGGGGCCUGA